UUUGGACACAGAUAAUGUUAACACAAACUCUUCUUCCAAUUCAACUUCUAAAAUAAUAAAUUAUACAAAAAGACUUCUUGAAGAAUAUGCAGAUGAAAUUCAUUCCGAAUUUUUCGAAUCUCCUGAAGAACCAGCAAAACGCACUAUUGAUGAAUAUGGAGAUAUGACAUGGACAGGUUAUGGUGAUAUUUCAAUGUCAGCAUAUGAUACAGCUUGGUUGGCAAUGAUUCCUAAUAAAGCAUAUAAAGAAUCUUCUGUCGCCGAAGAAUUUUCUUUGGCAUUUCCUAAAUGUUUCGAAUGGUUAAUUAGUUGUCAAGACGAAUUUGGUGGUUGGUGCAAUGUGCGAGGUGCAGGAGCUAUUACUCCGGUACUUGCCGGGUUAUUGGCACUUUGUCAAUUUAGAACUCGUAGUGGAGCGUUUUUUGAACAAAAAUUAUGCGAAAUUGGUAUUACCAUCAAACAAUUUUACGAUGUUAUAAGUAGAGCAACAGAAUUUGCACGUGUUACUUUAAAUGAAUGGAAUGUUGACGAUAUAGAUUUU